UGAGAGCGCUACAAUGUAACAAAAGCAGCGGGAUGAAACAGUGAAAUAACGCGCGAGUGUAUGAAGCGCUGCCUUCACGCGGGACCUGAUUAAUAACACAGCACACACACACACCGGUGAGUUCAGUGGUUAAAGUGCCAAUAGUGGCUCGAGCUGUGAGUGAGUGAGCGAGCUCAGGAGGACUGUGCUUACAAAUUGCCGAGAGACUGCCAGAGGAAUCUCCGCCGCAGCUGGACAGAGGACCGGAGGACCGGAGCGGGCCGACAUGGACGACCAGCCGCGCCUGAUGCACGCUCAUGCGGCCGUGGGGAUGAGCGGACACCCGGGCCUGUCUCAGCACAUACAGGACAACACUGGAGCCACCGACGGAGACGGAAGGAAGCAGGACAUUGGAGACAUUUUACAACAGAUCAUGACCAUCACUGACCAGAGUCUGGACGAGGCGCAGGCCAGAAAACAUGCUCUCAACUGCCACAGAAUGAAGCCAGCGCUCUUCAACGUCCUGUGUGAUGUCAAAGAAAAAACAGUGUUGAGUAUCCGUGGCGCCCAGGAGGAGGAGUCUCCCGAUGCCCAGCUGAUGCGAUUGGACAACAUGCUGCUGGCGGAGGGCGUGUCCGGGCCGGAGAAAGGGGGCCCCGAUAACUCGGCCGAACACUCCGAUUACAGAGCCAAACUCACCCAGAUCCGCCAGAUCUACCACACCGAGCUGGAGAAGUACGAACAGGCGUGUAACGAGUUCACGACCCAUGUGAUGAACCUGCUGAGAGAGCAGUCUCGCACGCGGCCCAUCUCGCCCAAAGAGAUCGAGCGCAUGGUCAACAUCAUCCACCGCAAGUUCAGCUCCAUCCAGAUGCAGCUCAAGCAGAGCACCUGCGAGGCCGUCAUGAUCCUGCGCUCCCGCUUCCUCGACGCCAGGAGGAAAAGACGAAACUUCAACAAACAGGCCACAGAGAUCCUGAACGAAUAUUUCUACUCUCAUCUCAGUAACCCGUAUCCCAGCGAGGAGGCCAAAGAAGAGCUGGCCAAGAAGUGUUCGAUCACCAUGUCGCAGGUUUCCAACUGGUUCGGAAACAAACGGAUCCGAUAUAAGAAGAACAUCGGAAAAUUCCAGGAAGAAGCCAACAUCUACGCGGCCAGAACGGCUGUGAGCGCGGCGAGUGUGUCGGCACAUGGCAGCCAGACCAAUUCCCCGUCCACUCCAAACUCAGCAGGUUCUGCUGGCUCUUUUAACAUGUCAAACUCUGGCGAUUUGUUUAUGAGUGUUCAGUCUCUGAAUGGGGACUCGUACCAGAGCUCUCAGGUGGGAGCCAAUGUGCAGUCACAGGUGGAUACCCUUCGCCAUGUUAUCAGCCAGACAGGAGGAUACAGUGAUGGCCUCGCAGCAAACCAGAUGUACAGUCCGCAGGGCAUCAAUGCGAACGGUGGCUGGCAGGACCCCACCACCCCGUCCUCCGUCACCUCCCCCACAGAAGGACCCGGAAGCGUUCACUCCGACACCUCUAACUGAUCCUCACACACACGGACCGUCUCCAUCACCGCCUCACACGCUCCUCUCUCCAGUGUGUACAUGACUUCUGAAAACACAAGAGCGCAUCAUCAAACAUCUUCAUGCUACCUCUCAAAACAUCCGUCAGCAAACACAUCCAGACCAAGAGAACGGGAGCUUUAGACUAGUCACAAACAUCUAUACUGUAUGUCAAUCCUGCCUUCAUCGUCACAACAAACAUCAUGUUAUGUUUGAAACAUUUUUGCAAUUUUACCAUAGUGCCAAAGUACUUUUAUACAUCCCUGUAGGAACUCAUUUUACAUUAUAAUAGACUUCUUAUGCUUGAAAAAGCAGUUUGCACUGCGUCUGAGCUGAACUAGAGUUCUGCUUGUCUAAUAACCUUUACUUUGAAUCUCAAAACAUUUGGUUGGUGUACAUAAGGGAAAAUCAUAAUUCCCUGCUUUAAGGAGAAAUAAAGGCAAUGCAGUUCAGAUAUACAGUAGAUAUCAAAUUGUUAAUUUCUAAAGGUUAUUAGCACAACAGUAUCAUUAUUUAGCAUUUUAAAUAAGAUUCACAUGCAUCACACUUCAGGUUAUUCAUGCAAUCUUGAUGAAUUUUUGUCUGAUAUUCAUGUACAGACACACAAAUCCCUUUAUAUAGCAUCUUCAUCAUCAUCAUGGCUGAAGGAUUUUCAUCAGCGCACAUGAGAAUGCAAUAAAAGGCAAUCAGAAGUGAACAAAUCCCAAAUGUGAAAUCACUUUCGUUCCACGUCAGCCUUCUCUACGGUGACCUUGAUACCAAAAACCACAGGCGUGUCCGCUCUUACCUUCACAUUGCAUCGUUCAUGUUGUAAAUUGUGUAAAAUCCGAGGCGCUGGGAUGUGCUUCUCACGAAUGUCCCGGCGCGUUACACCUGAAACCAAAAAUCCACUGGUGUUUCUUGAGAAGAUAGGAAAAGCUCACGAUGGCACACAAAUGCAGAAAUUGUUUGGAUAUAUUUUUGAUGCCCUCCUGUUAUGAAUAGCCGAUUCUCAUUUCUGAUUUCAUACACGGGCGGCCAUAUAUUUUAUUUUCUCGCAAGCAUAAUGUGAAUGCGCGCUAGCUUCUAUAUGUAGAUGUGCACCUUUACUCAUCUUUUGCUCUUUUUAUAACAAUCACAUCCACGUCUGGAAUGAUCAAGUCUUUUACAGAAGCGCUGUGAUGAGUGCAGGCUUUCUGCUCCUGGGGCCACAGUUACUGCAGUUGAUUGAGAAUGAGACAUGUAGAGAGGUUUUGGAGCUCUAGAUAGUGUGGGUCAUAGUCUUUCUUUGGUUUGCCGUCUCAACGCCGGAGCAGAUCGCACCUCAGCAGCACCGUAUUCAGAAAAGUCUCAUGUAAUGAUGCUUUUAGUUUUUGCAUAUACAGCAGUUUGUAAAACAUCAAAUGUUUACUUUGUUGCAUGUCUUUUGUUCUUUAAACUCCUGCAGUGUUUUCGAAUGUUUCUUCUUUUUUAUAUCAAGCGCAGAGACAUUCUCUUGUCAAGUUUUAACUUUUAAGAUCUCUGCAUAUGUAUAAAAGGAGUAAAAUGGAACAGCAAACUAUUGUCUUUUUGAUUCCAACUUGUUUUUGUGAAGGAAAAACUAACAAGGUGUAGGUUUCUUGGUCUCUUAAUUUG